ACAAGUACAAGCGUCAGAACUUUCUUGGAGUUGAAAGUGAAGGAGUCCAUGGUAUUUGUAAGCAAAGUUGUCUUUUAUGUGAUUGAUGUCAUGAAACUUCCGAUGAUUUGCAUGUUGAUCGUUUUGUACCAUAUAGAAAGUCACUUUUGCCACCAAAUAACCUUAUUUGUUGUCAAUAGAAGAAAGACAUGUCUACACCUCUCUGCUUCACAAAUCAUUAUUACAGUUGUUGACUGUGACAAAAGUUGUGGCCAUUACACACUAAUAAUAUUUUCACAACGACCUUCAUCAAGAGCCUUGUCCAACAAGUCUGUCGUUCCACACAGACAAUCUUUUUAAAGCCUCGAUUCAGUUUUCAUUCCUCGGUCGCUCGUUUCCACUUAGGAUCUAUUGCCAUGGGAAUUCACGGACUGUCCAAGGUCAUUGGUGACAAUGCUAAGGAGGCCAUCAAGGAGGACGACAUCAAGAACUACUUUGGACGAAAGGUCGCCAUUGAUGCCUCCAUGUCCAUUUACCAAUUCAUGAUCGCUGUUCGUCAGCAAGACGGUCAGCUUUUGCAGAAUGAGCAAGGAGAGACAACAAGUCACUUGAUGGGGAUGUUCUAUCGGACGCUGCGCAUGGUAGACAAUGGUCUCAAACCUGUUUAUGUCUUUGAUGGCCAACCACCUACUCUCAAGUCCGGAGAGUUGGCCAAGCGUAGUCAGAAGAGGAAGGAAGCUGUUGCCAGCAAGGAGGAAGCAGAGGAGAUUGGCGAUCAAGAGGCUAUCGACAAGUUCAACCGACGUACAGUUAAAGUUACUCGCGAACAUAACGAAGAAUGCAAGAAGCUAUUGAGGUUGCUUGGUAUCCCUUACGUCGAGGCACCUUGUGAAGCAGAAGCACAAUGUGCCGCGCUCGCAAAGGCAGGAAAAGUUUACGCAGCAGGGUCGGAAGAUAUGGACACAUUGACUUUUGGAUCGCCUAUAUUACUGCGUCAUUUAACUUAUAGUGAGGCUAAAAAGAUGCCUAUCAGUGAAAUCUCGCUCUCAAAGACAUUAGAAGGACUGAACUUUACAAUGGAGGAGUUUGUUGACCUCUGUAUUUUGUUAGGAUGUGAUUAUUGUGAUUCGAUUAAAAAUGUUGGUCCGGCACGCGCAAUUUCAUUGAUCAAAGAGCACAAAAAUAUAGAGACAAUCUUAAAGAAUAUUGAUCAAAAACGUUACCCCAUCCCUGAGGACUGGCCCUACAAGGAUGCACGCGAAUUGUUCUUGAACCCCAUCGUCACAGACCCAGAAACCAUUGAGAUCAAGUGGGAGUCGCCUGAUGUCGAAGGACUGGUUGACUUUUUGGUCAGGGAUAAAGGUUUUAGCGAGGAACGUGUCCGCAAAGGAUGUGAAAGAUUGGAGAAGAACCUCAAGUCUGCAACGCAGGGUCGUUUGGAUAGCUUCUUCAAACCAUUAGCGUCUGCGGAUAAAAAGCGAAAAGCCGAUGAAUCUAAUGGUAAUAAGAGCAAGAAGGCUGCUCCAGCAAAACCAAAGGCUGGAAGCAAUCGUGGUCGACCAAGAAAGUAAAUUCACAAACAGGGGGCUCUAAACUGCUUAGACAUCUAAUUUUUGUGCCUUCGUAACAUGAUCGAGGCUUUCUAUGUCCCAUAAUAAAAA